AUGCCCUUACCAUCCCGCAUCCUCACCUUUCUCUCAUCUUUCCCCGUCUCCGCCCUCCAUUUCUCCCUCACAUUCCAUUCUCAAAUGUGCCAGUAUCGAGUGGGGAACACGUACAUGCGGUCGCGCAUGCAAAUGGAGAACACCAAGGGGCGCGAGGGAAUCGAGGUGAUCGCAAGCGAGCCGUUUAAAGACGACGUCUUGGGCGAGGGGCACUUCUCGCACGUCGUCUAUCACUUCCAAAGCCGUGCGCCCGCGUGGAUCCGCGCGCUCGCUCCGGUCGAGGCGCUGCGGCUCGAAGAAAAGAACUGGAACGCGUUUCCCCGAUGCCGUACGGAGAUUAGCUGCCCGUACUUCUCCAACUACAAGAUCACCACCGACUCGUUUCACGUCGCCGACCGUGGCGAAUCCGAGAACGCGUUGAAGCUGUCGGAUGCUGAGCUGGAGCUGCGCAAGGUGGAUCACGUGGACAUCGCGUCGGCCGACAGGGACAUGUGGUCGCGGACCAUCGCGCGGAAGCGCACCGACCCCUCCAAGAUCGCCCUGCUGAAACUCAACCGCGGGCCUCUCGCCCCCGGGUGGCAGGCCACGUGUCAGCCUGUAAUGACGGUCUACAAGGUGGUACACGUGGACGCGCCUUACUGGGGGAUCGGCAGGCAGAUGGAGCUCGCAACAAUCGCGGCGCAACGCGCGCUUUAUCUGGAGGCGCACAGGAAGUGCUAUGGGUGGGCGGACGAUUGGUGCUCAUUGACUGUGGCUGAUGCACGGCGGAUAGAGCAGGAGAACAUUGACAAAAUGCGAAAGAGCCUUUCCUUGAGUGACCGCUUUGACGAAGAAGCUUUUAGCGAGUCAACAGAGGAUGCCGAGGAAGUGGAGGAGGAGGAAGAAGAAGAGGGCAUGUUCAACUCGGUGGCAGCCCUGCCUGCCGUUGCUUCUUAUCACGUGGGGCACACGUACAUGCGGUCGCGCAUGCAGAUGGAGAACACCAAGGGGCGCGAGGGCGUAGAGGUGAUCGCCAGCGAGCCGUUCAAAGACGACGUCUUGGGCGAGGGGCACUUUUCGCACGUCGUGCACCACUUUCAGGGCCGCGCGCCCGCGUGGAUUCGCGCGCUCGCGCCGCUCAAGGCGCUGCGGCUCGAGGAGAAGAACUGGAACGCGUACCCGCGCAGCCGCAUGGAGCUCAGCUGCCCGUAUUUCACCAACUUCAAGAUAGUCGUCGACACAUAUCACCUCGCCGACCGAGGCGACACGGAGAACGCGCUGAAUCUCCCAAAAGCUGACCUGGCGCUGCGCAAGGUGGACCACGUGGACAUCGCGUCGGCCGACAGGGACAUGUGGUCGCGAAUCAUCGCACGGAAGCGCACCGACCCCUCCAAGAUCGCCCUGCUUAAACUCAACCGCGGCCCGCUCGCCCCCGGAUGGCAGGAAUCGUGUGAGCCUGUGAUGACGUCGUACAAGGUGAUUCGCGUGGACGCGCCCUACUGGGGGUUCGGCAGGCAGAUGGAGCUGGCCGCAAUCGCCGCGCACCGUGCUCUUUACUUGGAGGCAUACAGGAAGUGCUACGCUUGGGCGGACGAGUGGUGCGAGAUGACUGUGGCGGACGCGCGCCGGAUCGAGCAGGAAAACAUCGACAGAAUGCGAAAGAGCCUUUCCUUGAGCGACGGCUUGGAUGAGGAAGCUUUCAGUGAUGCAGUGGAGGAUGCAGUGGAGGGGGAGGAGGAACGAGAGGAAGAGGGCGUGUUCAAGUCAGUAACAGCUUUACCUGCUGUUGCUCCGGUGGCCGCAUGA